AUGGACGUUCGCCUGUACCCCUCGGCGCCCGCGGUGGGCGCGCGGCCCGGGGCCGAGCCCGCCGGCCUGGCGCACCUGGACUACUACCACUGCAGCAAGUUUGAUGGUGACAGUGCCUACGUGGGGAUGAGUGACGGAAACCCAGAGCUCCUGUCAACCAGCCAGACCUAUAACAGCCAGAGCGAGAGCAACGAAGACUAUGAAAUCCCCCCGAUAACACCUCCCAACCUCCCUGAGCCAUCCCUCCUGCAUCUGGGAGACCACGAAGCUGGUUACCACUCGCUGUGCCACGGCCUGGCGCCCAACGGUCUGCUCCCUGCCUACUCCUACCAGGCCAUGGACCUCCCAGCCAUUAUGGUGUCCAAUAUGCUGGCCCAGGAGAGCCACCUGCUGUCAGGCCAGCUGCCCACGAUCCAGGAGAUAGUGCACUCAGAGGUUGCUGCCUACGACUCAGGCCGGACAGGGCCCCUGCUGGGCCGCCCAGCGAUGCUGGCGAGCCACAUGAGCGCGCUCAGCCAGUCCCAGCUCAUCUCCCAAAUGGGCAUCCGGAGCAGCAUUGGCCACGGCUCUCCGUCACCCCCAGGGAGCAAGUCUGCGACCCCUUCUCCCUCCAGCUCCACGCAGGAGGAGGAGUCAGAAGCCCAUUUCAAGAUCUCGGGAGAGAAGAGACCCUCAGCAGACCCAGGAAAAAAGGCCAAGAAUCCAAAGAAGAAGAAGAAGAAGGACCCCAACGAGCCCCAGAAACCUGUGUCAGCCUACGCACUUUUCUUCAGAGACACUCAGGCUGCCAUCAAGGGACAGAACCCCAGUGCCACCUUUGGGGAUGUGUCCAAAAUUGUGGCCUCCAUGUGGGACAGCCUGGGAGAGGAGCAGAAGCAGGCCUACAAGAGAAAAACUGAAGCAGCGAAGAAGGAGUACCUGAAAGCCCUGGCAGCCUACAGGGCCAGCCUUGUCUCCAAGAGUCCUCCGGACCAAGGCGAGGCCAAGAGCACUCAGGCAAACCCAGCAGCCAAGAUGCUCCCACCCAAGCAGCCCAUGUACGCCAUGCCCGGCCUGGCCUCCUUCCUGACACCCUCCGACUUGCAGGCCUUCCGUAGUGGGGCCUCUCCUGCCAGCCUCGCCCGGACGCUGGGCUCCAAGGCGCUACUGCCAGGCCUUAGUGCAUCCCCCCCACCACCCUCCUUCCCACUCAGCCCCCCACUGCACCAGCAGCUGCCACUGCCCCCCCACGCCCAGGGCGCCCUCCUCAGCCCACCUGUGAGCAUGUCCCCGGCUCCCCAGCCUCCUGUCCUUCCUGCCCCCAUGGCACUCCAGGUGCAGCUGGCCAUGAGCCCCUCACCUCCAGGGCCUCAGGACUUCCCGCACAUAUCUGAGUUUCCCAGCGGCUCUGGCUCCCGUUCUCCUGGCCCAUCCAACCCCACGAGCAGUGGGGACUGGGAUGGCAGCUACCCUGGCGGGGAGCGAGGCCUCAGCACCUGCAGCCUGCUCCCCAGGGAUAAAUCGCUCUACCUCACCUAAUCCCGCUUCCCAUCCCUCCCUGAGGCUCGCUGGAGGGCACUGCUCAGAGCCUGAAGGGCUGACCACAGGAGAGAGGCCGUGGCAGCAGGCAGGGUGACCGGCCAGCGAGAGCAGUGACACACCAAUGCCCCAGGACUGAGUCUCUUCCUCGACCUCCCACCAGACUCUGCCGAGGCAGCCCACCACCCGCUGCCAGCCCAAAGAACCUGCAGGAACCUUCUGCCCGC